UCUCACCCAAGAUGUGUAUGGGCACUGUCAAAACCAUGCGCCCCAACGUCAGUCGAGAACGGCGGCAAAAAUCGUGUUGAUUUCCGUGGAACGAUCGGUAUUUCUGAUUUCCCAGAGCAUUUUUCAUUAAAUCCGUACCGUGUAAGUAAAGUUGGUAUCGAGCAUGUUGCGCAAAAAGCAGAAACUGGACGACCAGAACGAGCCCAGUCCAGCACCAGCGGCCGGAGAAUUCACACUAUCACGCUUCGCAAACACCCCGAAACCUAAACUUACUCACGCUUCGCACCUCACAUCCAAAAUCGUAACGGUAGCAGAAGACCAACCGCAAGAGCAGGACAAAUCUGAUGCCCGGGCAGUGGCCAACGGCAGUACGGAACCGUAUUGGCAACAAGUGUAUCGCAUUGAGCUGAAACUUUCGGCCGACUUGCGGAACGUUUCCCUGCCAGAUGAGGUGGCCGCCUGCUACGAUCCGAUCGCUUAUGCCGACGAAAUCCAUCGGGCAUACAUGGAUCGCUUCCUCGAUGGUCCCAAGCACGUGUUGUUCAUCGGCAUGAAUCCAGGACCCUGGGGAAUGUGCCAAACCGGGGUUCCCUUCGGUUACGUACCGGCCGUUCGUGAUUGGAUGGGAUUGCGCGGCACAGUUCAGAAGCCAGAAGGUGAACUAUCAGUCCGGCCUGUCGAAGGUUUGUCGUGCACAAGGGAGGAACAGAGCGGUAAACGUUGGUGGGGUCUAUUUGAGGAGCUGUGCGGUAACCCGGAAUCUUUUUUCCGCUCCUGUUUCGUCUACAAUCUGUGCCCACUGGCAUUCUUCCACAAGAGUGGUCGCAACAUUACUCCAAGCGAGCUGAAGAGCAAAGCCAAGGGUGAAAUACAAACGAUUGCCGAAAAGUACCUAGCGGCGGCACUACAAGUGUUGCAGCCAAAAAUUAUCAUCUCUGUCGGUCGAUAUACGGAGGAUCGUGUAAAGGCGCUGGUCAAGCAGAACAAGCUCGAUGCGACCGUUAUUCGGACGCUCUGCAUUCCUCAUCCUAGUCCGCGCAGCCUGAACAACACCAACUGGAACGAAAAGGCAAAACGUUGGCUCGAAGACAAUGGUAUUAUGCCAUUCCUAAAGCACCAACCGUCGCACUAA